AUGGCCAUUUAUGAUUUUUACAUUUUCCAUCGAGAAGGUACUUGCAUCUAUUACUGCCAAUGGCACGGCAAGAAACCGCCAUCGCCGUCGGUGACAGAGCAUAAUUGCAAGCUGAUGUAUGGUUUACUCUACUCACUGAAAUCAUUCGUACUUCGAAUCUCACCCACGGAUGGCAAGGAUCAAUUUUCCAGUUACCGGACUAGUAAGUAUAAGUUAAAUUAUUAUGAAACUCCAAGUGGAAUAAAGUUUGUCAUGACUACCGAUUUGGGUGUUGGUAAUAUUAAAGAUAUUAUGAAAAGUAUAUACAGAAAGAUUUAUGUGGAAUAUCUAGUCAAGAAUCCAUUUAUUGAUGUAUCAAAGCCGGUUUCUAGUGAAUUAUUUGUUUCUAAACUAGAUGCUUAUGUAAAAGAAUUACCCUUUUUUGAACCCAAACAAUGA